AUGGACGGGAAUUCGGUUCCUUUGGCGGACAUACAUGAAGACAAUGCGACAAAUACAACGGAAAGUGUUAUAUCUGUUAAUAACAACGUACUUGACAACAAGACAAUGAAGAUGCCGACAGUUCGUACUAAUUAUAGUGACAAAUCCAUUGAUUUUCUGAAUAGGAGUUCGAGGGCUUAUGUCGAAUGUCUUUUGGACAUGAUGGAGAAUGGAGAAGAGGAUGACGACUUUACCCCCCAAACGAUUUUUCUUCCCGAACGCAAAGCGGACAACAAAAAACCUUAUCGAUCAUGGGUUGAAA